AUGCCAACAAAGUCUUCACAUCAACCUCGCCACAUCUAUUAUGAAGUGCAUGGAGAUUUGAAAGCAUCCCAGAAAAUCGUCCUCGUCAUGGGUAUGAACUUUACAUGCUCUGCAUGGGCUUCCCAAGUGCAAUAUUUCAGCAAGAAAAAGGAUCAUGUCGUGCUGGUAUUUGACAAUCGGGGCACAGGAAAUAGCAACGCUGGGGCUAUCGAAGCGUACAGGACCUCAGAUAUGGCCCAGGACACAGUCACCCUGCUGAAUUGGCUGGGUUGGAACCAAGACCGCUCACUUCAUCUAUUCGGCAUGUCUCUCGGCGGGAUGAUAGCACAAGAACUGUGUCUGAUUGUCCCAAAGAGAUUCAAAUCCGCGACUUUCAUCAGCACCAGAUGCGGAAGUGAGCUUGAUUGGCCAUCGAAAGGCGCUUGGGAGGUUUUAGUGAAGACAUCAGCGAAGAAGGCGAACGGAGACGAGGGGUUGGAUCUGUAUCUCAACGUUUUGUUUCCAAAGGAAUAUAUGGAAACUGUAGUCGAGCAAGACACGAUGCUCAAGAGCGACUUGCGCGAAAAACUUCGAAACUGUCACCGUUUGCCCCGAGAGCAAGCACCGAUUCCAUUCAUGGGACACUUUUAUGCUGCCACCAUGCAUCACUGCCCUCACCCGAAAUUGCACAGGAUCGCGGCGGAUCUCAAGCCCGCCAAAAUGCUGAUAUUGACUGGCGGUAGCGAUGAGCUUAUUCCUACAAAGAGAUCCCUCGAAUUGCACAAGAACUUACCAGGCUCAGAAUUAGUCGUCCUUGAAAAUGCGGGUCACGCCUUGAUCUUCCAAUUAUCCGAAGAGGUCAAUACGAUUAUGGAAAGAGCUAUUGUUGAAGGCAAUCAGGCUUUUAAACUUGUACCGUAG